AUGAAGCUCGACACCAUCCUCUUCAGUGCCGCUGCGGCGACGGCGUUCAAUCUGGGAAAUGUCCAGUUCCCUUUCUCUCAUGGGUCACUAGAUUCGUCACCUCUUCUCGAUUUACACAAGUCGCUCGUCGAGCGACCCUCAAUUACUGGCUCAGAGAAGCACGUCACUGACUUUCUCAAAACAUACCUCCAUGAUGCAGGUUUCACCGUUGAGGCUCAGACGGUCGCCAAGAACCGCGAUAACGUCUUGGCUUACUUCAAUAACACGAGAAACACAAGAGUCCUCGUGACGUCUCAUAUUGACACUGUUCCCCCAUUCUGGCCUUAUGAGCGGCGAGGUGAUGAGAUCUGGGGUCGAGGAACAGUCGAUGCAAAGGGCAGUGUCGCAGCGCAGAUCAUUGCUGUCCGAGACCUAUUUGAGAAAAAAGCAGUCAGUGAAGGCGAUGUAGCGCUGUUGUUCGUGGUGGGUGAAGAGACAGGCGGACCGGGAAUGGGCAACGUCAAUGAUCUAGGUCUAUCCUGGGAGUCCGUCAUCUUUGGUGAACCAACAGAACUCAAACUUGCACGAGGUCACAAAGGUGGACUGGGCUUUACUAUCAAAGCAAACGGAAAGGCUGGUCAUUCUGGAUACCCUGAGACGGGAAGCAAUGCUAUUGAUAGUCUUGUUCGUGGAUUAGCUGCUCUCCAAAAGAUUGAGUUGCCUGGAAGCAAAGAGUUUGGGAACACUACUCUCAAUGUGGGUAGGAUUGAAGGUGGUGUUGCUGGAAAUGUCAUCCCAGCGAGUGCCUAUGCUACAGGAGGAGUCAGAGUCGCUGGUGGAACUCCAGAGGGUAUCAGGGAGCUAAUACGUCAGGCGGUUGAGGAGAGUGACCCGAGCCUUGUCGUUGAGUUCUCGUAUGGUAUUGGACCAGUGCCAACGGAUUAUGACGUUGACGGCUUUGAGACUGUAGUACUGAACUACGGGACAGAUAUCCCGAGACUCAAGGGGAGCCAUAAAAGAUAUCUGUACGGACCUGGCUCGAUUCUCGAGGCGCACUCUGCGCAUGAGCACUUGAAGGUUUCGGAUCUGGAGCAGGCUGUUGAGGGGUACAAGAAGCUGAUAUCUCAUGCUCUUGAUCAAGCUUCUGAGCUCUGA